AUGAUUUAUUGCGUUUCUAGGACAUAUUCUAAAACCAACGAUACUUUACAUCACAAAAACUCAUCUCUAAGCACCAUCAACUCAAAACCUCCAGAAACUAAUAAUAAUUCAAUUCAUGAUCUAUAUGUCUCUAACAAUAUGAUGCUUAGUAUGCUUACUGUUUCUGGACAAGAUUCCAACAAUUAGUCCUAAAUCACCUCAAAUACUCAAAAAGAGGAUAGCCAAUUCUAUUCUUAUCGAUAAUAAUUACAAAAACAAUUGUCUGAAAGGAAAAUUAAAAGAAACUACGAGUAAGCACCAAAAACUAGAGAAAAUAAUUCAAGACAAUCCAUAUGUACUCCUCAAUAAUCUGAACCACAGGAAAGCCAAAGAUAAAGUAGUAGAACUGUGCCAAAUCUAUUCAAAACUUCCUAACUCUACACUUAAAACUAAAAAUAACUUAAUCCCUUAUUAUUAAAUUCUUCUUCCAAUGAGAUCAGUUUCGGAUAGUAUAAAUUUAAAAAAAACGAAAUCUUAUAAGAUGUAAACUCUAUUUCAAAUGCCCCUGAAGAUGAUGCUCAGAUUCAUCUCCCCAUGAAAUUUCAACCAUUUCAGUUCAAAUAAUGA